CUUCGAUGACGUACACGCUUGCGCUCUUGCGAUGAAUGAGAACAUGGCGGUGUCUGUGAGCCAGUCUGAUGUCCAGAUGCACCAGAAAGCAGAUGGAGAUGAGGAUGAGCAACGCGCGAGCAGAUCAGACAGUGGCAGUGGUGAGGAUUCUCUUGAUGGCCUUCUGAGGCACACAUGCCCUUUGACCCCAUCACUGUCUCCACGAAAGAGGACCACAAGUCAGAGUAAAACAGAGCCACCUCUCCUAAGGACCAAUAAAAGGACGAUCUACACAGCAGGACGUCCACCCUGGUACAAUGUCACAGGGACCAGCUUUAAAGAGGCUUUUGUUAUAGGUUUGUGUGGUGGUAGCGCCUCAGGGAAAACCACGGUGGCCAAUAAGAUAAUUGAGGCUCUGGAUGUUCCGUGGGUCGUCCUACUGUCGAUGGACUCUUUCUACAAGGUGUUGAGCAAAGAGGAACAGGAGCUUGCAGCUAGGAACGAGUACAACUUUGAUCAUCCGGAUGCUUUUGACUUUGAGUUGCUUGUAACAGUCUUAAGGAAACUGAAGAAGGGCAAAAGCAUCAAAGUGCCUGUCUACGACUUCACCACGCACGCCCGUCGCAAAGAGUGGAAAACUAUCUAUGGCGCCAAUGUUGUAAUCUUUGAGGGAAUCUUGGCUUUUGCAAAUAAGGAGCUUUUGAAGCUGUUGGACAUGAAAGUGUUUGUGGACACUGACUCGGACAUUCGGCUUGUCAGACGACUGAAAAGGGAUAUUUCAGAGCGAGGUCGUGACAUCACAGGUGUUAUCAAGCAGUACAACAAGUUUGUGAAACCUGCAUUUGAACAGUACAUCGAACCCACUGUCCAGGUCGCAGAUAUUGUGGUUCCGAGAGGUGGAGAGAACUUUGUAGCUUUGGAGUUGAUCGUGCAGCACGUCCACAGUCAGCUUGAAAAGCGUGAAAUCACAGUGAGAUCUGCUUUGGCUUCAGCACACCAGGGUCAGCCUUUACCCAAGACCCUCAGUGUAAUGGAAAGCACGCCUCAGGUGCGGGGAAUGCACACGAUCAUCAGGAAUAAGGAGACUAACCGAGACGAGUUUAUUUUCUACUCGAAGAGAUUGAUGAGGCUCCUCAUUGAGCACGCCCUCUCCUUCUUACCGCUGAAGCCGGUGUCUGUUGAAACGCCCCAAGGGACGAUAUAUGAAGGGAAAAGACUCGGUGGGAAAAGGAUCACUGGAGUGUCCAUUCUGCGUGCAGGGGAGACAAUGGAACAGGCUUUGAUGGCAGUGUGUAAAGACAUUCGACUGGGAAAAAUUCUUAUCCAGACAAACCAUGACACUGGGGAGCCUGAGCUUCACUACCUGCGCUUGCCGAAGGACAUCAGUGAGGACUAUGUGAUUCUCAUGGACAGCACAGUGUCCACAGGGGCGGCUGCUCUCAUGGCUGUUCGAGUUUUACUCGACCAUGAUGUUGAGGAGGAUAAGAUCUUCCUGCUGUCUCUGCUGAUGGCUGAGAUGGGUGUUCACUCUGUAGCUUAUGCCUUUCCCAAGGUGCGCAUCAUCACCACAGCAGUGGACAAGAAAGUCAAUGAUGAGUUUCACAUCAUCCCAGGCAUUGGAAACUUCGGGGACCGUUAUUUUGGAACAGAUGCUCCUUCAGACUGGUACGAAAGUGAAGAAGGGAUGGACUACUGAGUCUUAGUUUUUAAAAAGUGAGAUUGUGUGAAAGAAAGAUGAAACAUUUCCAUAAUGCACCCAGUGCCACGCAAAGGUCAAUGUGUACAGUACCAGUCAAAAGUUUGGACACACCUCCUAAUUCAAUAUUUUUUUUUCUUUAUUUUUAUUAAAGGUGGGGUAUGAGAUUUUUUUCAGGAGUAUUUUUUACCAUCUUGCUUGAAAAGCUCCUCACACCCAUGUUGCAAGCAGUACAAUAGAAGGUUUGACCCAAAAACGAAAUAUUUUAAUCCAGUCUACAGUGUAAAAUAAAGGAAAAACGCCAUCCAAUCAUAUCGAGGUACCACCUCAAAAUGAUUGGAUACUGACACAUCAAUCAGACUGAAGCCCGCGAGCAGCCCGUCCCUUCUGUGUGUGUGUGUGUGUGUGUGUGAGAGAGAGCGAGCAGCCCCUCCCCCACCCGCACGCUGAGCAGAGAAAAAAGGGCAGCUUUCCCUCAGAGCGCUCCCUCCAAACAACGGGGAUUUACACGAAAACGGAAGGAGAUAUUCACAAAAUUAUUUCACAGUGAGCGCCACAAGGCUCUCCUGAACACACUGAUGUAAUUUUUUUUGUCUGUAGUGUAAAAAAUGAGGUCACUAGAGCGAGUUAAAAAUGAGUGACUUUUCUGAUUUUGCAGUCACAGCGUAGCCACGUUUAUAGGGGUGGAGACGCGGGGGGUGGGAGCAUGGCGAGGGCGGGCGUGUUUCUUUUCAAAAUAUGGCUUGCGGGAACCGUUAUUCCAAAAUCUCGUACCCCACCUUUAAUAAAGUCACUUCAUGUCUUAAAGUAAUGAUGGCUGUCGUUUCUCUUUACUUAGUUGAGCAGUUCUUGACAAUAUGGAUUACUACAGUUGUGGAAUAGGGCUAUUUACUAUAUUUUUAUUAUUUACUGUUUACUGUUUGAUCUUAAACACAUUAAGAAGGCAAUAAAUUGCACUAAUUAACUUUUGGCGAGACACCUAUUCAUUGAAAAGCAUUCCAGGUGACUCCCUCAUGAAGCUGGUUAAGAUAAUGCCAAUAGUGUGCAAAGCGUCAUCAAGGUAAAUGCUGGCUAUUUUGAAGAAUCUAAAAUAUGAAAUGUAUUUUGUUUUUUAACACUUUUUUUUUGUUUACCACAUAAUUCCAUAUAUAUAUUUCAAAUGUUUUCAUAGUUUUGAAGUCUUCAGUAUUGUUCUGCAGUGCAGACAAUGGUCAAAAUACAGAAAAACCUUUGAAUGAGUAGGUGUGCCCAAACUUUUGACUGCUACUGUGUUUUGACCCCAGAAUUAAGUGCUUUUAUGUUUAACAGAAGGUAAGAUUAGUUUCAGGAGUCUUCCUUCAAGAAUUAAGAGUGGCACCAUGCCGAUGGUUAAUUCUUAAUUCCUUGAAGGAUGUACUGGCCUGUUUGAUUUGAGAGGCUCUUCAGUGACCAGUUUUGUAGAAUGAAUGAACUCUUUGUUAAAGUUAAUUGAAUGAAUUAUCCAUUUCACAUGCUUGAAUUUUGAGAGGUAGAACAGCCUCUGAGGUAAAUCUUUGCAUAUGAAGAAAUAUUUUGCAGGGUAUGGCUUUUAAAGGGGAACUGAAGGCAAUUUUUUUAUCAUCAAAAUUCUAUUUAUCUCAUUUUAUUAAAUAUAGGAAUGCAUUUCUGACAGCUAUUUUGUCGCUGCUAUAGCAGGUUAUGAGUGUUUGAAAUAUGCUAUGUAAUAUAUCAGUCCAUAUGUCAAAGCGAUGGCCGUAAACGAGAUUCGUUGAGACCUGUGCGAGACUUCGUAGGACGGAAGUAAAACGUACAGCGGAAAUCAAAGUGACCAACAUCUGCCAACGUUGUCAAAAGAAUUGCGUGCCCUCUCGCGUGACGUAAUCAAGCUGGAAGUUUUGUUUGUUUUAAUAGCAAUCAGAAAAGUUUGAAAAAAGUAGGCAGUAAUUGUCAUUUAAACUCGUUUUUGUGCAAUAUUUCGUUUGGAAAACAGUUUUCAAAAUGGCAGCACUGACGCCUGGCUGACACUUCACAUUUCGAAGUCUCGCACAAGUCUCGUGAGGAUCACGCGGAUAAGUGACGCCUGCCAUGGACCAAACGAACUAAAUUCAACAUGGCUAAAAACCAAAACAGGCCGAUAAGUAUAAUAUUUAAUUGCCAUUAGUUGCCAAUACGAGUCACGAUAUAAGGUUACUAAAACCGAAAACUUAAUUGAAUAACACUUUAAUUAAGAAAUUGACUUUAGUUCCCCUUUAAUUGUUUGGGUUUUUUUCAUGUAUGCGUGAAUGUAUGUGAAGAAAAUAUUGUUGCUUGAAUUUUAAAAGGAAAUGUAUUCUAAAAUGCAAUUCAAAAGGAAAGUUGUUUUUGAUUGUCAGCUCUGAGCAGCGCUUAGAAAACGUACUUUUCUUUACUGCCAUUUUCAAGUAGAAAUUCCUGAACUAUUAUUUAAAAGUAGAUGUAAUGUAUUUAUUUUAUCUGUUACUCCAAAUGGCAGCACUGUGAAAAAGAUUGUUUAUAAAAUGGUGGAGGGAGUGUCCACAGUUGGCAGAAACCAUGCCGACAUCUGAAUUCUCAGUAUGUACUAAUGAUGGUUAAGUACUGUACUUACUACCCGACUGUUACUGUAGCACGUUCUAGGAGUAUAUGAGUGAGUAGUAAGGACACAAUUCGGACGUACUCCACUGCCAUCUUACCUGUCCUCUGACCUGGAUGUUCACAGAUGUUAUAUAGUACUGCGCAAAAGUCUUAGGCACAUGUAAAGAAAUGCUGUUAACCAAAAAUGGCUUAAAAAUAAUGAAAUGUUUCAACAUUAAAAAAAAAAAACAUUAUAAACAGCAGUAAGCCAUAAUAAAUGAAACAAAGUCAGUAUUUGGUGUGAGACGACCCUUUGCUUUAAAGUGAAUGUAAUGCCCCUAAACCACACUUUUUUCCUUAUACAAAGCAACAAUCAUUAUAUUGAGUGAUCAUGUGUUUUCAAACCAUAGCUGAUCCAAAAGGCUAUAAAUUGAUGGAAAAUCAAUAAAAUCAGCCGAUUUUCACGGAAUCUGCCGAGACUGAACCGGAAGAUCCCGAAGGGGUGCCUGACGUCGCACGUGUAACAAUCCAGGUAUCCAUUUUGUUCCUGUGUGCAGCAGUGGUUAGACCAGUCUCAAUAUGGAAUCACGUUUUGGAGAGAAUUCUAAUAGUGAUUGGGAUUCUUAUAUGGCGGAUGAAGAGGCAGAUGAUUAUCAAGGAUAUUCCGGAUUAAAUUGUUAUUUUUUUCAAGCCCCCAAAACGAGAAACUGCCAGUUCACUCAGUUCAUGACAGUCUUCCUCUGUAGCGUCUGUGAGAUAGAUAGAUAGAUAGAUAGAUAGAUAGAUAGAUAGAUAGAUAGAUAGAUAGACAGAUAGACAGACAGACAGACAGACAGACAGAUAGAUAGAUAGAUAGAUAGAUAGAUAGAUAGAUAGAUAGAUAGAUAGAUAGAUAGAUAGAUAGAUAGAUAAUGUGCAGAACGCAGUGGUUACCUUUCAUCAUGUUUUCCUGAACAAAACUAAAAACAAAUCGAAUCUUGCAAUAUUGCAAUCUGAGAGCAUUUAACACGUUUCAGUUAAUAAUUAAUAAUGAUUGCAUGCGUGCAUUUUUCUUCCUAUUAAAGUGCAUCAGAUAUGAUAAGAUCAGAUGUCGCGAGUGUGUAAUUGUUGCUCAUAAUCCUGUGUCUGGUGCACUGUGUGUGUGUGUGUGUGUGUGUGUGUGUGUGUGUGUGAGAGAGAGAGAGAUAGAUUGAUUAAUAGGGAAAUCGACAAACUGUCCAAAUGUCAUUUAUUAAAUAAAUCGGUUUCUUUUUGCUCCAGUAAUUCCCAUGUGGUUGUUCUGGUGGUGAUGAACACUUGAUGAUCAUCAGAUUUAUUAUUAGUAGGCGACACAAAAUCCGCCCGCUUCUUUUACACAAACUUCACCCGCUGUUGCUUUAGAUUAGUGUCAUUUCUCGGAAAUUCGUGAACUGAAUGUCCUGUUGUAUAUGGAUUUGAACAUCCAAACACAACGCAACACUUUCCCAUCGUUAUUUUUGUAAGAUUCCAACAACAAUAUCCAAUUUCAGCGAGUAAACAAGCACGGAGUCAGAUGAACCGAAAUGACCCAGAUAACCAGGGUUCCACGUGUGAUGUCAUGCGGGAUUAGCCCUGAGGCAAGGCUGCCUUUUUCUGGGAUCUGGACGCCGCAAUUUAUCGAUAGUUUUGUGCUUGAUGAUAAAAUAACAAAUAAUUAGUAUUAUUUUCCCCCCUGCUUUAUUAAUUCAUUUUGGUCAUUACUAAUGAUACAUAUUCAUUUUAAAGCAUCUUGCAGAACCAGCCACGGUUCUUCUGGACACUUUGACUGUCACACUUGCUUCUUAAUUUUGCACCAAAACCCUUCAUUAUGCUUUCUUUUUUUAAUCUGAAAAGUGGUUUCUUGUGUAAUAUGCUGCUCAGAUACAAACAUUUUUUUUUUCUGUAACAUUUAAUUUUGUGCUGGAAAACGAACGUUUGGAACUCUAAAAUGUUUUUGUACUGACUCGAUAAUGCAGAAGUCAUAAAAUAGAAAUCUAUAACAAAGUUUGUAUGGAAAAAAAGGGGUGCCUAAGACUUUUGCACAGUACUGUAUACCCAUGGGGGGGACCAAAAAAAAAAACUACCACCAUGUAUUUUUGCCAUUGCAGAAAUACAUUUAAACAAUUCCUGAUAUGUUUGUACACCACUGCAUCAACUGGCAUCAUUUUGGACAGCCGUCUUCUUUCUAGUAUUCCCUGGGGUAGUUUUCUUCUUCCAUUAUUCAGAGGCUCAAACUAAAUUAUGGGAUAGCAUAGUGUGGUACGUUUGCAUACUCCGGAUGUAGCAGAUCAUCCAGGUACCAUUCAACUAUUAUUAAAUGCCUACUGAGUAUUCAGAUGCUCUACAUACUGCUUUUUGUGUACUAGUAGUAUUGGAUGUAUGAGUAUUUGGAUGCAGCUCAUGUGUCAAUACAGUUACGUAUUAUGGCAUGUACAGCCAUCCUGAAAGACCUCUUAGUUUAUUCUGGGAUUUUAUUCUGUUUGGUCUGGCACAGCUACAGUGGAUUUGAAAAAAAAAAAGUUUACACACCCCUUUUAAAAUUGUGGAUUUUUGUGAUUUAAAAAAAAAGAGAGAAAGAAACCACAAUACAUCAUGGCAGAGCUUUUUCCACCUUUAAUGUGAUCCAGCAGCCAAUAACGUUCAAGUCAAAAAUAAAUGGAAACAUUUAAAGGAAAAACAAACCAAAAUGCUGUAAAUCACCUGGUUGCAAAAGUGUACACACCCCUUAACUAAUACUUUGUUAAAGCCUUACUUGUAAUAUAGCACUCAGUCUUUCUAGGUAAGAGCUUACAUCUUGAUUUGGCAAUUUUAUUCCACUCUUCCUGUAAAAAAGGCUCCAGAUCAAUCAGAUUACGAGGUGAUCUCCUGUGCACACCAUAGCUGUUUAAACAUCAUUCCACAGGGUUAGGAUCUGGGUUUAGAAUCACUCUGUUAAUGAUAACUGUAUAAGAAUUACUUCCGAACAUGGGUUUGAAUGGGAUUUGGUUCGUUCUGAGCACAGAAUGUUUUUUUGUUUUGUUUUUUUAACUUGGAUGUUGUAUCAUAUUAAAUGUGGAAAAGGAAUCCUGAUUUUUAUAUUUUUUUUCACAUAACAAAAACCAGUGAUUUUUAACAGGGAUGUGUCUGCAUUUUAUACCCACUGUAUACUUGAGUGUAUUUUAUUUAAUUUUUUUAAUGUUGCCACCAAAAGCUACGCAAAUGUACAAGUUACCAUUGUUGAUAUGUGAGUGCAUGUAUGAACUUCAUUUAGAUCCCCAAACAAAGAAGCACAAAAGUAACAAAACCUAUUUUUCUAGUGAUGCUAAAUGCUGAGCAAAAUACUUAAGCAAAGCAGAUUCAUAACAAGUAAACAAGAUUACUUGUAUCCACUGGAGUUCUUUCGAUACUUAAAAUUACAUAGAAACAAAACGUAGUGUGGUUCAUUGCUCAGAUCCAUAUGUGUUGAAGUAGGAGGAUUGUCAGGAAAUUAACCUCUUGUGAUGCUUUUAACUGUGCUUUCAAUAAUUAAUGAACAUUGUCGUAGAGGCUGGUUCUUUAGUUUCCUUGAUGGUUUCAACAACAUUAAAGGGAUACCUGAAACCUUUUGUAUUCUCCUCAUGUAUCCCUAAAAUAUGUCAUGCACCUUGAUAUUCUAUCCUUUAUACCUUAUAUCAUUGUGUUCUACAUUUAUUAGGCAUAUAAAAUAUGCAAUCAUAAAUCAUGGUACAUUGUUUUGACAGCAGAAGAUGCAAUAAUGGGAGUGUACAUGACUUCAUCCUAGGUGGAAGUAACACAGCUCUAAUGCUGCGAAAACACAAAAACAUCUAAAAUGGGAAAGAGAUGUUGUGUGAUUGUACAAAUAGAGUUAACAAGAAAUCCGAGCUUUCUUUUUACAGGCUGCUGAAAACUAACGAAAAGAGAAGAAAAUGGAGGUAGUACAAAUGUUCAUAAAAGUUUAAGACCCAUUUGUUAUUAACUUUUUCAUUUUCAAUAAAAGGAAUAUUUUAACUAACAGGCUAUUAUACAGGGUGUUUCAAAAAUUUUAUAUUAUUUGAGAUGUAAAUAUCCCAGAACCUACAUAGUCUAGGCCAGGGCUGUGAAAAAUCUGCGGAAUUGAUCGCAAAAAUACCAUUUUUAUAAAUCGUGUAUUUUUGAAAAAAU